AUGGGAGGACAAGGGUCAGGCAAGGAUGAUGAUGUCGCUGUUCAAAAGGUGGAGGUAUCUCUGAAUCAAGACUCUUCUGGGGGUUUUGGUGGUGCUAAGUUGAAUGGCACCAAUUACCGUACUUGGAGGAAGAUGAUGACUGCCCAUUUGUGUGGGCUUGACAAGAUGGGAUAUGUGAAUGGCACAAUUGAAGUACCAGAUGAGAAGGACCUAGGGUUCGGAAAGUGGGAGAACUCAAAUGGGUCUGUGAUGUCCAUCCUCUACAAAUCAAUGACCGAUGAGGUAGUUCAAUUGAUCAUUGGAUGUGAGACAGCUGCUGAGAUAUGGAAGACUUUGAAAGAGUUGUAUCUCAAUGAUUCUGACUUUGCUCAGAUUCAUGAACUCCACACCAAGGCAUUCAAGAUGACUCAGAAUGGACAAUGUGUAUCCCUUUAUUUUGCUGCUUUGAAGAACAUCUGGUUGGAGAUUGAUCAGAGGCGCCCCAAUAAGAUGAAGAAUGCUGAUGAUAUCAAGCUGCACAAUGAGGAGAAAGAUUUGUUGCGGGUGCAUAUAUUUCUGAAUGGACUUGAUUCCAAGCAUGCUAGUGCCAAAGGUGAGUUGUUAAGGCUUGCUACUCCUCCUUCCCUUGAUGGAGCCUUUGCUUAUAUUCGCAAGGAUGAGGCUCAACUAGAGAGUGCUAAGGCAAUUCAUUCUGAAUUGUCUAGUCUCACAGUUCAGUCUAAUCCUACACCACCUAAAUAUGUGCCACCACAUACUCAACAGUUGCGUCCUCAGUCUAGCUUUACAUCACCUACUGGCAAUCGUCCUCUGCAACUACUGCAAACAGUUAGGGCACAUUAA